AUUCAUCGUGGGGAAGGUGUCAGGGAUGCUGCGCUGUAGGUUCCUCUCCUGGCACAAGACCGCCCUCCUCCACACAUGUAGCCGGCUGCUGGCCUCAGACAAGGACCUCCUGCUGAAGCUGAGGAGGAAGACCGGCUAUUCGUUCACCAACUGCAAGAAGGCCCUGGACAAGUUCAGCAAUGACGUCAAGCAGGCAGAAUCUUGGCUACAUGAACAGGCCCAGAAAGAAGGAUGGAGUAAAGCCUCAAAAUUGCAAGGAAGAAAGACUGCAGAGGGUCUUCUAGGACUGCUGCAUAAAGGCAACACUGCAGUAUUGGUGGAAGUGAACUGUGAAACAGACUUUGUUGCCAGGAAUGUGAAGUUUCAGCAGCUGGUCCAGCAGGUGGCGGUCUCAACACUAAAGCAUUGCCAUAGUAUAGAGAGAAACCAGACCUCAUACUUGAAGGGUUUCCUUGCCGGAGAAGAGUUUUUAGAAAUGAAGACAGAAGAGUCCUCAUUGAAAGACCUUCUUGCGAUGACUAUUGGAAAGCUGGGUGAGAACAUGACCGUGAAGAGGGCUGCAUGGGUCACUGUCCCUUCUAGUAUGUUUAUUGGUUCAUACAUGCAUGGCUCCCUACCUGCAGACAUGCCUUCCUUGGCUAACAUGGCAUUUGGGAAGUAUGGAGCUUUGGUUAUUUGCAAGCCAAAUGAUCACUGCAAAAGCAACAUUACUGAACUCGGGCGUAGACUGGGCCAGCAUGUAGUGGGCAUGAGCCCGUCGACCCUGGGUUCUCUAGAAGAUGAGUCUACUGGGGAGACAGAAACCAGGAUGCUGGUGCAGCCCUUCCUACUGGAGCCCAUCCUAACUGUAGGACAGUAUCUGCAGCCGCAUGAUCUUGAAGUGCUGGAUUUUGUACGCUUUGAGUGUGGGGAGGAAACGCAGACAACACAACCCAACCAGUCCUAA